GCGGGCGGCUUUGGAGUCGGUUUUGUUGAUGUCUUGGAUUUAUUCGUUAAUUAUCUACCAUUGAUGAUAUAUGGAUCUGCAGACUGUUUAUACAGAAGGGCAUGUCUUCAAAGAAAAUAAGUUAAAGCUUGCCAAAUACUCUGGAUUUCCCAGAUAUUCGGAGCUUGUUAAUAUUCAAAAACAGUUUGAUCGACCAAAAGAUGAAAAUGGUUUGUAUCCUGUUCGCAAUGGAAUCCAUAUUAUCCAUAAAAAGAGGAAAGCAGAUGACGCAAAUUUACAGAUUCACGAUGGCUCAUCUGCUCCAAGAUUACACCGUUUGCACAUACCUUCUUCGCCCAGCGGUCACUUAGGAGCACAUGUUGGUUCAUUUUUACAACAUCAGGCAUGUACAUACAACGCAACUGAUAUCCCUGCGAUAAAUGCCCCGAUAACUGAUAUCUGUUCAAGCAGUGCUAUGCAGUUUUCUAGUAAUAAUACGCUGACGAACGGAACCACAAAAGCAAAUUCGAAGUUAACUACAACGGAAGGCGACUACGCCAUAGUUGUUGGCGAAAUGCUCAAUUCUGGUAGCGAGGCCUAUGAAGUUCUCUCAUUUCUUGGACGAGGAACAUUCGGCCAGGUUGUUAAGUGUCGCUGUCGAUCAUCGAGUCGCUAUGUAGCCAUCAAGAUAUUAAAGAAUCUACCCUCCUAUUUAAGGCAAGGUAAUAUAGAGAUUCAGAUUUUGCAAACCCUAGCUCAACAGGAUACAGAGUCUCAUAAUAUUGUCAGGGCAAUCGAGUGCUUUCAACAUAGAAACCACAUGUGUUUUGUGUUUGAGUUAUUAGAUCAAAACUUGUACGAGUAUCUAAAGUCAAAUAAGUUUCGUCCGUUGACGCUUCCGGAGAUCCGCCCUAUUUCUCAGCAGGUUCUCACGGCGCUUUCUAAAUUAAAGACCCUUGGUUUAAUUCAUGCUGAUUUAAAGCCGGAAAAUAUAAUGUUAGUAAAUCCUAAUUCGGAAAACAUGCGUUACAGAGUCAAAGUAAUUGAUUUUGGAUCUGCAUGCCAUAGUUCCAAAGCUGUUCAAAACACUUACCUCCAGUCACGUUACUAUCGUGCUCCCGAGAUUUUGCUGGGUUUGCCUUUUGAUGAGGCAAUUGAUAUGUGGUCAUUGGGGUGUGUUUUAGCUGAGCUUUUCCUUGGAUGGCCUUUAUAUCCUGGAUCGUCUGAAUAUGACCAAAUGAGAUACAUAGUAGAAACUCAAGGUCUACCUCCAUCUGAUAUGUUAAAAAAUGCUGGGAAAUGCAACACAUUUUUUGUACGUGAUCAUUAUCGCUGUGAUUGGCGCUUAAAAACUCCAGAGGAGUAUGCUUCUGAAACUGGUCAGCAAGCUAAAGAAGCUAGGAAAUAUUUCUUCAACUCUUUGAAUCAAAUCCGUGAUGUAAACGGGCAUUCCACAUCUGAUGGAUCUGAUCUCGAUAUCGUUGAUCGUCAGCAGUUUACUUAUCUUUUAACGGAGAUGUUAAAAAUGCGUCCGUGUGAUAGAAUAACACCUGAUAUUGCCCUUCAGCAUUCGUUCGUAACUAUGACUCACCUCCACUGCCAACCUUUCGCUAAACGAACCCAAGAAUCUCUCACACUGAUGCAAGUUUGUCAUGGUGGCGCACGUAGACAGCAUACAACUGAUUUUAAUUUUAAUCCGAAGUGUAUGUCAUUACCACAAAAAGUUGUUACCACUCUUCCAGAGACCCUUCAUUAUGUUACUUCAAAUGUUAUUGACAGUCGUACUACAUUGUCUCCACAAGUUAAUAGCCAACCUUGUCAUCAAGCUAAUCAUCCAUCUAAUUGUCGAGCCGAUGCCAGAGCUGCGUAUUAUGCCGCGGCAGCUGCGGCCGCUGCCGCGUUUUCAGCGAAAUCAACUUCACAGAUCAUUCCCAUUCCUAAUAAUGGUUCAUCAAGCUUUCCAUGCUUAAACCAUUAUUCUUCACUGAAUGCUAUCAAUGAAGCUAAUCAUGUGUCUCUCCCUGCCACGGGAUCUGGGAAGAUGUGCCCUGUCAUCGAAUGUACUCCUGCAACUAUAAUUAUUUCCCAAAACAAAUCGGAAGUUUGUAUGAAACCGAGUCAGAUAACUACAAAUCAUUUACCAACGACAUAUGCUGCUCCAAUGCAACGUUCCCUUUCAUUCUACGACUUGGUGACUGCUGGUGGCGCUGGUAGUGCAUUAUCCUUACUAAAUGCUGUCACCGCACCUGCACCAUCACCUUUUUUGAUUAGUAGCUCCAUUCCAGUCCCCAAAAUGCAGCCAUUGAAUUCUGUCCCCACAAACACUUCACAAACAAACCAUAUCCGACAAAUGUUACAUCACCCUCUCCACUCUGUUUAUAUUCAACCUGAACUCAAUAGGUUAUCUGAAAGUGAUAAUUCAUUUAUGUUGGAUAUUGUAAGGCGGGAGAAAAGUAGUGGGGCUUACACUGCUCGUCAAGAGUGCAUUGAUGUAACAUAUAAACCAAAUACUGGUUUAUGUGAUACUCUAUGUGCAUUGGUAAAUCAGCAACACUUGUAUCAAUAUCCUGCAACUGCUGCCGCCGCCUUGGCUGUAGCUCAUCAUCAGCAAAAUUUCAACAACAAUCAAAAACAUCCCCCUACUUUAUUUAAGUCCACCCACAACAGUGAAUCCGAUUUUGUUAACGAUAUUUCCAGAUGUAAUGAGUGUCGUGGAGCUUGUCAGUCACAUUUAAUGAAAGGUCAAUUGAUCGAUUCGAGAACCAAUGCGAUAGUUCAACCAGACCUUAAUUGUUCUCGUGCUCCAAUAUAUCAAGUUCAUGGACCAAUCACUCAACAAUAUCUCUCACAUCAGGACUCUGCUUCUUUUCAUUAUCACGAUCAACAACCUGUCAUAAUCGACUGUAGUGAAAUCCGUAAAAAUUCAGUUGCCCACAUUCAACCAAACAAUCCUUUUGUGAACGAUUCAGAUUGCAUGCCUAUUAAUUUAGUAACAAAUAGUUCAGAGCCAGUUGUAAAUAAUGCUGUCAAUUUGUCAAUGCUUCCUCCAAGUUCUUCGUACAAUUCCAGUCGCAUGAAGCGUCAGUCUGUCGCUGUUAAUCCUAAUUCUGAGAAUGUAGAUAGGAUUUCUCAUGGUUUAAUUCAGCAUGAUUCUUUCAGCUGUCCUUCAGAAACAAUAUCGAAUCCUAAUGCAAUCAAAUCAGAUUGCGGAUCUUCGGGGGUGUACAAGUCAACUUUCGAUUUGAUGUGUCAGCAGCGUUCUGAUAAAAAAAUACCAGUUGGUCGUGUUCAGCCUAUGAUAAAACAAGAAGAUUCCAGUCACUUACAUUCCUCCAGUCGACCUGUAUCAUCACCUGUCAAUUAUAUACCACCUAGUCGGGAAUCUGUUGUCUGGGGGUCAAAUCCUAGUUUAUUUGUAUUCACAUCACCUUUUCAUCAACAGUCGGUGAAUAACACUAAUAAUUCUAUUCCUCAAAAAAUAUGUCAUCAUUUCACUAAUGAUAUAUUUCCAUAUAACACUCAAAAACCAACCGAACAUCUAUCUAAUCGUAGAAGUGUACGUAAAAAUCCCCAACUACCCAUUACACGAGAUGAUCAACAUGUAGUGCAAUCUAAUCAUCAAUUGUCAGCUGCUCAUGCAGCCGCUGCAGCCUACCAUAAUUUAAUGUUUUUCCAGUUACAACAACAACAGUUACAGCAACAAACUGAACAACAACUUCAGCAUAGUCUUAUCACUGGAAUUCCUACUGUCUGUCAAAGUAAUAUACCUGAUCAUUGUAGUGAAACUUACCAGCAUUCACAGGGAGCAUUAUCACGUCGUUGGACUACUGGUGGUCGUGAUUUUGUUGACCAUUCGACAGGUGCAGUUUGAUAGUUUCAAAAGGUCACUUUCUACACAGAGAGUUGCUUAACCAUUCUUUUCUGAUAAGGUAUCAUUUGUUUUGGAUGCAGACUUUUUAUUUUGAUGUAGCUCUAUACUGGGCGUGGUUUCUCCAUACCAUCACAUUAGCAUUGCUUCCGCUCACAGUUUAUAUAUAUAUAUCUACCUCUUACUAACAUUAUUAGUCUGAUUGGUUUCUUUCUAUAUUUGUCUUAAUUUAAAUCCGUCUGGUAUGUGUUUGUAUUGUUGUUUCCUUGCACAUCAUUCCCUUAAAUUUGCUCAUUCUCAAUUUAAUUAAUUAGUUUGUGUGAUCUCUUCUCUAUUUUUUUGCACAUGUAAAUUUAGAGUCAGAAUUUUUAUAUAAUUUAUGGAUUGUUUAGCGUUUGUCUCACUCUUGUAUAUAUAAUAUAUAUACAUACUGGUUACAUAAUCUCAGAUGAAUGUUGACUCUUUAAAUGUUUAGCAAUAGUGCAUAGUUUAUUUGUGUGUUUAUGACUUGAAAUUGUUUCGUUUCUUUUAUUGGCUAAUAUAUAUAUACAUAUAUAUAUAUAUAUAUAUAUAUAUAUAUAUAUAUAUAUAUAUAUACCCUUAAAUCUCAGUCUUAAUCUGUAAUCUUUCACAAGCACAUGUAUACGAUAAAUGUGUUCUAGUGUCAGUAUAUUGAUUCACAAUUUUUAUUGUAUUGCUAAAUACUGUGAUUUCCUAUUUUUUUUCCAAUGGAAUGGGUAGUGAUUAUUUAACAUUACUUUUAGCCUUAUUAUUGAUAUCAAUGUAAUAAAGUUUAAAUGUGUUUAUCAUGAAAUUUCCAUCAAUAUUAUAACUUAAUUAUCAACCAUGGCUGGUUGAUUGUUGACUAUUAAAUAAAAGUUCACAAAAGCUAGUGUUGUUUUUUGUUCAUUUUCAACGCUGUUUUUACUGUGGCUUGUAACAGGUACAGGUGUUGAGGUUUGAUCAAAUAUAAUGUUGUUGAUAAUACUGUUACCAUCAGUUUUGAUGAAAUAUUAAAUUUUGCUACUGAUAAUAUUUUAUAUAGUA